GUGUUAACAAUACGUGUGUGUUUUAAAAUUAAAACAUACAGUAUACUAUAUUAAAAUAAACUCACGAAACUUUACUAUUUAAACAGAGGAUUACAGGUGGUUUCCUCGCAUAACCAUAAAAUCAACGCGAUUCCCCUCUUUGUUUGUACUUUCACCCGAAGAAUCCUCUUAAAGCUUCAAAUCCCGAAACUACCCUUUUUCAUGGAGAAGCCAUCAUCGGAGCAAGGAUCUCGGGAACAUCUACUCCACCCGGAGUUUCCGCCGUCGCGUUUCCCCUUCUUGAGCACCGUCCUCUGGUUCGACAAGUCUAGUCGCGGCACCGCUUUGCUUUCCUGGUCCGUUUUCUUCCUUCUCGUCGUCGGCGUCCCGAUUAUCUCCCACUUCGUGCUCGUAUGCUCCGACUGCGAUUUCCACCACCGACGCCCUUACGACGCCGUGGUUCAGCUUUCUCUCUCGAUUUUCGCUGGAAUCUCGUUCGUUAGCCUCUCCUAUUGGUCGAGGAAGUUCGGGAUGCGACGGUUCCUGUUCCUCGAUAAGCUCUUGGAUGUUAGCGACAAGGUUCGGAUCGAAUACGAAGCUGAGAUUCAGAGAUCAAAGAAACGGCUAAUGAUCUUCGUCCUCCCAUCACUUACACUCGAAGCGACCUACAGAAUCUGGUGGUACAUCUCCGGCUCCGACCAGAUUCCUUACCUCAUCAACCCUCUUCUAAGCAACGUCAUCGCCUGCACUCUCCAGCUCUCUUCUUGGCUUUACCGUAACGCCAUCUUCAUCACCGUCUGCAUCCUCUACCAAAUCACAUGCCAUCUACAGACUCUCCGUCUCAACGACUUCGCACGCUGCUUCGCCUCUGAGAUCACAGACGUUGGCGCAGCUCUCGCCGAGCACCAAAAGAUCCGUCGUAACUUGAGGAUUGUUAGUCAUCGUUUCAGGAGAUUCAUCCUCUUGUCUUUGAUUCUUGUUACCGGUACUCAGUUCAUGGCGUUGCUUACCACGACGAGAGCUAGUGUUGCUGUUAAUAUCUAUGAAGUUGGCGAGCUUGCGUUAUGUUCGUUGAUUUUGGUUACGGGAGUAUUCAUAUGUUUGAGAAGUGCAACGAAGAUAACUCAUAAAGCUCAGUCUGUAACAAGCCUUGCAGCUAAAUGGAACGUGUGCGCCACGGUAGACUCGUUUGAGAACCUUCAUGAUGGAGAAACUCCUACAGCUUCAAAUGUUGAGUCACAGAUUUCAACAUGUCGCAAUGAGAUGGAUACAUCUGAUGAUGAGGAAGGAGAAGGGGACGAUGAACUUGACAAUACUAAGAUACAUCCCAUCUACGCCAAUACAAUUUCUUAUCAAAAACGUCAAGCUCUAGUGACGUAUCUGGAGAACAACAGAGCUGGGAUCACAGUGUAUGGAUUCCUUGUGGAUAGAUCAUGGUUGCAUACGAUUUUCGGCGUUGAACUUGCUCUACUUCUAUGGUUGCUCAAUAAAACAAUCGUGAACAUAGCAUGAAUAAGGUAUUUGAUAAAUACAUAGUAAAAUAUAGGACUGGAUUGUUUUUGGCAUGUUGUAUUCUAUAGAAGAGAUGACGAAGAAGAAGGGUAGAUAUUGUUUCACCGUGGCGAUGAUAUGGUUUCUCUCUUCCUUCAGUUUUGUUUAAUUAGUGUUUACAAAUACGGAAGUGUCACAAGUAUUUUUUUUGGUUCAGUAAUAGAUACAAAACAUGUACGUGGUUCUAAAAUAUAUAUGUAUCUCUCUAUCUGUAUGUUUGAUUUGUUUUGAGUUUAAUUAAGACAUGUAUGAUGUAUCGACUUUUAAGUUACUAACUCUGAUAUAGAGUGAUGAAUAAAACAUAGCAUUUUGUUC